GUUUGUGAAGUAUAUCGGCUCCACAGGGAAACGUUUUACCUAGCCCAAGAUUUUAUUGAUCGUUAUCUUGCCACUCAAAAGAAUUUGCCAAAACAACAACUUCAGCUUCUAGGAAUAACUUCUUUGUUUGUUGCUGCUAAAAUAGAGGAAAUCUACCCACCCAAGCUGUCAGAGUUUGCUUAUGUCACAGAUGGAGCAUGUACAGAAACUGAAAUCUUAGAAAAAGAAAUUGUGCUUCUUAAAACUCUGAAGUGGAAUCUUACACCAAUGACAAUUAACAGUUGGUUGAAUGUAUACUUGCAACUUGCUGGUGAUUUUUCUAAUACACGAGGAAAUGACUUUUUAGUACCAGAGUAUUCAACACACACAUUUGUACAAGUUGCUCAGUUAAUAGACUUGUGUAUCCUGGAUGUGGAAUGCCUAAAAUUUCCUUACAGUGUUGUAGCAGGAGCUGCUUUACAUCACAUAGCAUCUGAAAAGCUUGCAAUCUCAGGUCUAAAGAAAAACGACCUAACUGCUUGUAUAGAGUGGAUGGCACCAUUUUCUGCAACAAUAGAAGAAAGCGGUGGAGCCGAACAGAAAAUCUUUCAUCAAGUGGCAUCGGAGAACAUGCACAACAUACAGACACACAUUGUUGAUCUUCAGCUACUGGAAAAAGCCCAGGCUAGACAAGCAGAAACAAAUAUGUUUUCUGCACAAACCAGCCCGAAGUCAGAAAAUGGAACUUUAACGCCUCCUCAGAGUGAUGAAAAGGGUUCUCCCAGUUUUUAUACUCCAGUAUGACAUUUAUACACUGUAAAAUGUUUUUAAUAGAGUGCAAAUAGUAAAUAUAACACGAGUAUUUGUGAAUUAUAUUCUUGUACUAUCUGCUUGGAAUGAAAAGUAUUUCUAUAUUUUUUCUUUAAAAAGUUAGAAGUUGACCAAAUAAAUGUAAUAUAUUCAAUAAGCUAAGACAAAAGUAAAAAUAGAUAUUACUUUUGUCUGUGUCAAUAAAUUCGGAGAUUAUUGUACCUUAGUGUUGAUUCUAGGAGCUGGAAAAGACAGUUUAUAUCCUUAAAGAUUUAAGGUGAUGACAUUAUUAGUUGUACUUAUGCCAGUUUUUACAUUAUGUUUCUAGGGUUUGAAUUUGGAAA